AUGGCCGAGAAGAGGAGAAGCUCGCCCUGCAGCAUGCUGAGUCUCAAGGCUCACGCUUUCUCAGUGGAAGCGCUGAUCGGUGCGGAGAAGCAGCAGCAGCAGCAGCAGCAGCAGCAGCAGCAACAACUGCAGAAAAAGCGGAGGAAGCUUGGCGGAGACGACGCCCCGGCAGCCGAGGGAGGUGGUAGCGCCAGCUGCGGUGGCGGAGGCUGUGAAAAGAGCUCCGUGGAGGGAGCCGAAGGAAUCUCUCUACUGCCGCCGCCCGGGGCUGAAGCUGGGGCUGCAGCAGGGUCCCUCUCUUCCCGGAGCUGCGCGGAGAUGGAACGGACAUGCGGUUCCGGAGGACCUGCGGGCGGCUGUGAAGACGGUUUCCAGCCGAGAGUUUCCCCAGCUGUGUCCCCGGGAGCCUCUCCGAAAGGGUCGCCCGUGCCUCCUCCAGCCCCUCUUCCGGCCCUGCCUCGGUCUGGAUCCCCAUUGCCCUCCCCUCAGGCACCCAGGGUGGAUCUUCAAGGCGCUGAGCUUUGGAAGCGCUUCCAUGAGAUCGGCACAGAGAUGAUCAUCACCAAGGCGGGCAGGAGAAUGUUUCCUGCUAUGAGAGUGAAGAUCUCUGGUCUAGACCCACAUCAGCAAUAUUAUAUUGCAAUGGAUAUUGUGCCAGUGGACAAUAAGAGAUACAGGUAUGUUUAUCACAGCUCCAAAUGGAUGGUGGCAGGUAAUGCUGACUCACCUGUGCCGCCCAGAGUUUACAUCCAUCCUGAUUCACCAGCUUCAGGGGAGACUUGGAUGCGGCAAGUGAUUAGCUUUGACAAGCUGAAGCUUACCAACAAUGAGCUGGAUGACCAAGGACAUAUUAUACUUCACUCGAUGCACAAAUACCAGCCAAGAGUGCACGUCAUUCGAAAAGACUGUGGAGAUGAUCUUUCUCCUGUCAAGCCUAUUCCAUCAGGGGAAGGGGUUAAAGCAUUCUUAUUUCCUGAAACCGUAUUUACAACUGUCACUGCCUACCAGAAUCAGCAGAUUACACGGCUAAAAAUUGACAGAAACCCAUUUGCCAAAGGAUUUCGAGAUUCUGGCCGUAACAGAAUGGGCUUGGAAGCUUUGGUAGAGUCUUAUGCAUUCUGGAGACCUUCCCUAAGGACGCUCACAUUUGAAGAUAUCCCUGGAAUACCCAAACAAGGAAACACAGGCUCGCCUACCUUACUUCAAGGUUCUGGAAAUGGAGUUCCUACCACCCACCCUCAUCUUUUAUCUGGUUCCCCCUGUUCUUCUCCUGCCUUCCACCUUGGGCCAAACACGAGCCAGCUUUGCAGCCUGGCACCUGCCGAUUAUUCUGCCUGUGCCCGUUCAGGACUUGCCCUCAACCGGUACAGUACCUCCCUGGCUGAAACCUACAACAGGCUCACAAACCAAACCAGUGAGACCUUUGCCCCACCAAGGACUCCCUCUUACGUUGGAGUUACCAGCAGCACGACCGUGAACAUGUCCAUGGCUGGCAACGAUGGAGACACAUUCAGUUGCCCACAGACCAGCUUAUCUAUGCAAAUUUCAGGGAUGUCUCCCCAGCUGCAGUAUAUCAUGCCCUCACCAUCUGGCAAUGCCUUUGCCACCAACCAGACCCACCAGGGCUCUUACAACACUUUCAGGUUACACAGCCCCUGUGCUUUGUAUGGAUAUAACUUCUCCACAUCUCCCAAACUGGCUGCCAGUCCUGAGAAAAUUGUUUCUUCCCAAGGAAAUUUCUUGGGGUCCUCACCGAGUGGGACCAUGACUGAUCGGCAGAUAUUGCCCCCCGUGGAAGGAGUACACUUGUUGAGCAGUGGGGGUCAACAGAAUUUCUUUGACUCUAGGACCCUAGGAAGCUUAACACUGUCAUCAUCUCAAGUGUCUGCACAUAUGGUUUGA